AUGACAGAUCAGAAAUUUGUAUUUGAUAAUAUUUCGCUUAUUUUUGAAAUCUUAUGUACAUUAUUAUUGAGGUAUUCGGGAUUGUUAUUGGGCCAGUAUAUCAAUAUUGAGAAAGUAGAUAAUCUUGCCAGGUUCAUUAGCAAUAAAGAACCAGUGCCUGGUUGCGGAAUCUGUUCUUCAAUCAAUUAUGGUGUGUAUACCAAAAAUCCAAUAAAUCGAAGAGGUGUGCAGAGCAAUAAGAAAUCCAGCAUUGACAGCUUUACAAGCUAUAUUACAGUUUCGGUACUCUUAAUACAUAAAAAAAUACGAAAACCUGAAAAUUAUAUCUUUCAGCUCAAAAACAUGCUAAUAGAAGAACAAAAGGAAGUAACUAUUGCUUACCAAGCUAUCAGUAAUAAAAUUAUGAGCGUUUUUUUUUGGCUCCAUUUAAUGACAAUGUAUCGUAAAGAAGUAUGCUACUCUUUUCAGAAGUUUUUUUUUGCUACUUGCGUAGGAUACACCCUCACUUAUUUCAGUAUAUUGUUUUAUUUACUCAUCUAA